UCGAGGCGAGCCCCCCGCCCCGCGCCCCGCGCCCCGCCAGUGACGCGGCCCCGCCCCACUUGCUCCCCCGACGCCCCCAGCCGCAGACCGCUCUCCAGCGCCAGCUGGCCCUCAGACUGAGAGCCCCGGUCCGUCGUGAACCGUAAUUGGGCCCUAGAGGGCCCCCGCUGGAGGGGUAAUGGUUUGGGGCGGCCCCGACUGUUCGGAGACGCGCGCGUGGAGUGCACGUGGGGAAGUGGCACCCCGGCCCUGGCCCUUGGACCAGCCUUCCUGGACCGCUGCGCGCCUGGGGGGCAUUUGGGUGGCGAGGACACGUUGGAGUGGACUAGAGAGACUUUGUCCAGGAAGUGGACAUCUGGAAGCAUGCCCCUCCGCCCCGGCCUGGUCAUCACUUACUGGUUGAUUCCAGGACGCCUGUCUCUGCCGUGGGGCCCCCACCACUCCCCUACGAAGGAUGCUGAGAGGAGUCAGCAUCCUGCUGGAGUGAAGCCAGCCUCCGGAAGAGGCUGAGGCCAGCACCAGGACUGUGGGGACCCGUGAGCACCCCUCUUGCAGGGCAGUGGCAGGAGACAGUAUGAGGGUCCUCGCUCAGGAGCUCUGGUGGGCCGAAAAGCUGGGGAUUCCUGGAUUUGCCGGCCAAAGUGUACUGGGGAGCAGCACCCGUGAGGGGCCCGGGUUUGCAGCAGAGGCUGCCGGGAUCUGCCCGGAACUCGGGAGCUGGGACAGACCUUUGCAGGCCCGCCUUGCUUGCCGGGAGCCAUGAGUGAGGCCCGCAGGGACAGCACCAGCAGCCUGCAGCGCAAGAAGCCCCCGUGGCUAAAGCUGGACAUUCCAGCUGUGGGGUCCCCGGUGGCGGCGGCGGUGGCAGCAGCAGAGGAACCCAGUUUCCCGCAGGGAGGCCCUGGCCAGCAGGGGCUGUGGGUCCAGCCCGCCCCGGCCCCUCCCCGGGACCCCGUGGCCCAGCCCCUGCGACGCCAGGCCUUCCUGCGCAGCGUGAGUAUGCCCGCUGAGCCGGCCCGCGUGCCCUCGCCCCACCAUGAGCUGCGGCGGCCGGGGCUGCACCGCCAGAUGUCCAUCACCCAGACCAUCCGCAGCCGGCAGGUGCGCUUCGGGCGUGUCCACACUCUGCCCCUCUUGGGUCCCCCUGCUGCCCGCAGGGCCCUCACGCAGCGCCUGUCUCUCUCUCGGUCCCUGCUCAGGGGCACCGCUGACUGGUUCGGAGUGAGCAAGGACAGUGACAGCACCCAGAAGUGGCAGCGCAAGAGCAUCCGUCACUGCAGCCAGCGCUACGGGAAGCUGAAGCCCCAGGUCAUCCGGGAGCUGGACUUGCCCAGCCAGGACAAUGUGUCGCUGACCAGCACCGAGACGCCCCCUCCUCUGUAUGUGGGGCCGUGCCAGCUGGGCAUGCAGAAGAUCAUAGACCCCCUGGCCCGGGGCCGGGCCUUCCGCAUGGCGGAUGACGCCGCCGACGGCCUGAGUGCCCCGCACACUCCCGUCACUCCGGGCGCUGCCUCCCUCUGCUCCUUCUCCAGCUCCCGCUCGGGUUUCAGCCGGCUCCCACGGCGGCGCAAGCGUGAGUCAGUGGCCAAGAUGAGCUUCCGGGCGGCUGCUGCGCUGGUGAAGGGCCGCUCCGUUAGGGAUGGCACGUUGCGCCGGGUGCAGCGCCGAAGCUUCACCCCUGCCAGCUUCCUGGAGGAGGACACGGCUGACUUUCCCGACGAGCUGGACACGUCCUUCUUUGCCCGGGAAGGUGUCCUCCACGAGGAGCUGUCCACGUACCCAGACGAGGUGUUCGAGUCCCCGUCAGAGGCGGCGCUCAAGGACUGGGAGAGGGCCCCGGAGCAGGCGGACCUCACGGGCGGGGCCCUGGACCGCAGCGAGCUGGAGCGCAGCCACCUGAUGCUGCCCCUGGAACGUGGCUGGCGCAAGCAGAAGGAGGGCGGCGCAGGGGCCGGGCAGCCCAAGGUGCGGCUGCGGCAGGAGGUGGUGAGCGCGGCCGGGCAGCGGCGGGGCCAGCGCAUUGCGAUGCCCGUGCGCAAGUUCUUCGCCAGGGAGAAGCGGCCCUACGGUCUGGGCAUGGUGGGCCGGCUCACCAACCGCACUUACCGCAAGCGAAUCGACAGCUACGUCAAACGCCAGAUCGAGGACAUGGACGACCACAGGCCCUUCUUCACCUACUGGCUCACCUUCGUGCACUCGCUCGUCACCAUUCUAGCCGUGUGCAUCUACGGCGUGGCGCCCGUAGGCUUCUCACAGCACGAGACCAUGGACUCGGUGCUGCGGAACCGCGGGGUCUAUGAGAACGUCAAGUACGUGCAGCAGGAGAACUUCUGGAUCGGGCCCAGCUCGGAGGCGCUCAUUCACCUGGGUGCCAAGUUCUCACCCUGCAUGCGCCAGGACCCGCAGGUGCAUAGUUUCAUCCACGCUGCGCGCGAGCGCGAGAAGCAUUCGGCCUGCUGCGUGCGCAACGACCGGUCUGGCUGCGUGCAGACCUCAGAGGAGGAGUGCUCGUCCACGCUGGCAGUGUGGGUGAAGUGGCCCCUCCAUCCCAGCGCCCCAGACUUUGCCGGCCACAAGAGGCAGUUCGGCUCUGUCUGCCACCAGGACCCCAGGGUAUGCGAUGAGCCUUCCUCUGAGGACCCCCACGAGUGGCCAGAUGACAUUACCAAGUGGCCGAUUUGCACCAAAAGCAGUGCUGGGAAUCACACCAACCACCCCCACAUGGACUGCGUCAUCACGGGCCGGCCCUGCUGCAUUGGCACCAAGGGCAGGUGUGAGAUCACGUCCCGGGAGUACUGUGACUUCAUGAGGGGCUACUUCCACGAGGAGGCCACGCUCUGCUCGCAGGUGCACUGCAUGGACGACGUGUGUGGGCUCCUGCCCUUCCUCAACCCCGAGGUGCCCGACCAGUUCUACCGCCUCUGGCUGUCCCUCUUCUUGCACGCUGGGAUCCUGCACUGCCUGGUGUCUGUCUGCUUCCAGAUGACUGUCCUGCGGGACCUGGAGAAGCUGGCAGGCUGGCACCGCAUAGCCAUCAUCUACCUGCUGAGUGGCGUCACUGGUAAUCUGGCCAGUGCCAUUUUCCUGCCAUACCGGGCAGAGGUAAGGCCUCCCAGGGGUGGGGUGCCUCCCGUGCACCUGCUCCAGAGCUCAGGUCCCUCCGGCGCUCAGCCGAGGAGCCGCUCCCUUUGGCUCCUCUGUCCCGACGUGCCCUGGGGCAUGGGAGGUGGGGCGGGGAGGCCAGGCUCUGGGUCCCUGGCUGGAGGGGCGCUGCCCGGGCCCGGCAGCUCACGGCCACCCUGCGCCCCCAGGUGGGCCCAGCCGGCUCGCAGUUCGGCAUCCUGGCCUGCCUCUUCGUGGAGCUUUUCCAGAGCUGGCAGAUCCUGGCCCGGCCCUGGCGCGCUUUCUUCAAGCUGCUUGCCGUGGUGCUCUUCCUCUUCGCCUUCGGGCUGCUGCCCUGGAUCGACAACUUCGCCCACAUCUCGGGCUUUGUCAGUGGCCUCUUCCUCUCCUUCGCCUUCCUGCCCUACAUCAGCUUCGGCAAGUUCGACCUGUACCGCAAGCGCUGCCAGAUCAUCGUCUUCCAGGUGGUCUUCCUGGGCCUCCUGGCUGGCCUGGUGGUCCUCUUCUACGUCCACCCUGUCCGCUGUGAGUGGUGCGAGUUCCUCACCUGCAUCCCCUUCACCGACAAGUUCUGUGAGAAGUACGAGCUGGACGCGCAGCUGCACUGAGCCGCCAGGGCUGCGCAGGCGGGUGGGCUUGGCCGCCGCCUGCAGUGCAGCGCGUCUCCCGCACACAGACCCUGUUGCCGAAGCCCUGGUGCUUCUGGGCACUUCCCGCCCUGGUUCCCAUGUUCCCCUCUAACUAGUCUCUUGACGACCACCUCGCGUGGCCAAUAAACGGACCGGGAGCGUUUUAGCUGCCACUAACGUGA